AUGCAAGCUGAUGUUCAAGUGCUUGGCGUUGAUGAAUAUCGGCUCUCAUUCACACAAGGCAAGAGAAAGCCCAACCUGGCAGCCAUGGAUGCAUCUCUGAAAAUUGCAAAGACUCUCGAAAGUGCUUUGAAGAAUUUCGGAAAAGCGUAUAUUUGUAUUGGUAUUGCGACUGGAAAGACUAAUAUUGGAAAUCUAGGAACAAAUCAAAUGAGAGUUUACAGUAUUGUGGGUCCAUUGAUUGAAAAUUCAAAGAAACUCGCGUCGUUGUGUCACGCUCGAAAGUGUCAUAUUUUAGCAGAUUCAAAUUCUGUCUGUGCUGAAGGAAAAAGCGCAUUCGUGGUGAGACCAGUGGAGAGGUUGUUAAUUGAGAAUGAAACCUUCCAUGGCUCUGUUUCUUCCAUUUAUGAAGUCAUGAAAGAAAACAAUUUUGAAAGAGACGAAUGGAUGUAUGAGCUAGAACAGCAAAAGACUAACAGUAGAUUCAAAGACUUUGAAGCCGCCUUUUCAAUAUUUGAAGAUCGUAAUUUGUCUUCCAUGUCCAGAUAG